GUAAGACCUCACCAUGAGAGGAGUCCUAGUUCUACUCCUGAUCUUCCUCUGCCACCACCAGACUGACGCAGUCAAGUGUAACGACGGCUGUGCUACUUUUUCAGACGUGGUUAAACAGGAUGGCUCUUCUCAAAAACUUCCUGAUGGACUUAAAGCAUGUUCGGACAGCACCUUAGUAGAUUGUGCGGAAGGCCAAGUGUGCAUUUCAACUCCGGUGGGAUUCUCAGCUCUUGUCAGUGUAAAUGACAAAACGGUAGAGAGCAGCGCAGUUACGUUUACGUACAGUGCUUGCAGUGGGGAUGCUAAAGUGGACUGCGCAAAAAUCGGAGACAAAAUCUUCAAAAUGUACAACGGCACGGAUUUUACAACACAGUUUGGUAAAAUGAGUGACUUUGGAAAGCAAAUGGAAGAAUGGAGGGUAAAAAUGAAUGAGCUGGGUGCACAAAUGGAAAAAAAUAUGAAAACAGCGUUUAGUGGUUUUGGGUCAAUCUUUGGUUACAAUUGGAUAAAUAAUUUCGUUAAAAGAGACGAAGAUGCUCCCAAACCAGCAGCUAUAGAACCUGCCGACAAAAAUGCCGCUAAACCUGCCGUCAAAGCUAAACCUGUAGACGAAGAGGAAAACGGUGGUUCAUCCGCCAGCCUCAAAUCACAUUCACUGAUUCUCGGAGAUUGCAAAGAGUCAACGAUCGAAAGAACCUAAUCAUAGAAACGAAACUAAACUCACGUACGCAAAAGUGAAGAGGCAGUGACCCUCAGCCCACAUGAAAUAAAUGUUAAAAGAAUGUAGAACAUAUCUUUUAUAGUUUUAGAAAGAUCACUAAUGAUAGCAAAUUUGAGCAUGGUUAAUAGUAAUAAUCAGUUUAUUAGGAUUAAUAUAAUAAUUUAUUUUAAGAAUGUGAUACUUUAACUUGGUAAGUGGUUUUAGUUUUUUUAUUUUAUUUGAAAUGAAUAAACAGUAAUUUUAGAUAUUUCAUUUAUUUUUUUCCAACCAAAA